GUGAGAGACAAAGGCAGAGUGAUGUGUGUGCAGCGAUGGACUUGCGUGCCGAGCUCCUGAAGUCCAUCUGGUAUGCCUUCACAGCGCUGGACGUGGAGAAGAGUGGCAAGGUGUCCAAGUCCCAGUUGAAGGUUCUGUCUCAUAACCUGUGUACAGUGUUGUGCAUCCCACACAACCCUGCAGCCCUUGAGGAGCAUUUUCGUGACGACGACGAUGGGCCGGUCUCCAGCCAGGGCUACAUGCCCUACCUCAACACCUACAUCCUGGACAAGGUGGUGGAGGGCGUGUUUGUGAAGGAGAAUGUUGACGAACUUUGCUGGACUCUCACGGCCAAGAAGAACUACAGGCCGUCAGGAGAGGGCAUCCUGCCGCAGAAAGACGCCUUUCGCCUCUGGUGCCUUUUCGUCUUCCUCUCAGAGGAUAAAUAUCCCCUGGUGAUGAUUCCCAAUGAGGUGGAGUACUUACUCAAGAAGCUGUGCAUGGCCAUGACUGUAGAGCUGAACUAUGUAGAGCUAGAAGACUUCAUGUCCCAGGAUUCUGUUCAGCAGAAUGGCUUCUCUGUGUGGGCAUUUUUGGAGAUGAUGAAUUCUGGGAAACUCACCAGGGGAAUUGCCAAAGAAACGAUGAGUAUGGCAAUUGAAGAAGUCUAUCGGGAAAUAGUGGGAGAUGUACUCAAGGAGGGUUAUCUGUGGAAGAAGGGUCAGCUGAGGAGGAACUGGAUGGAGCGCUGGUUCACCCUACGGCCGAGUUCCCUGGACUACUACAUAAGUGAGGAACGCAAAGACCACAAGGGGAGCAUCCCACUGGAUGCAAACUGCUGCGUGGAGGUUCUGCCUGACAGAGAUGGGAAGAGGUGUAUGUUCUGUCUGAAGACUCUGUCCAAGGCCAUUGAACUGAGCGCCUCAGACACCAAGCAGAGGCAGGAGUGGACGUCAGCCAUCCAGACGGCAAUCCGUCUGCACGCAGAGGGAAAGAGCUCCCUGCACAAGGACCUGAAGCAGAAACGUCGGGAGCAGCGGGAUGCACGAGAGAGGAGACGCCUGGCCAAAGAACAGGAGCUGCAGCACCUCCAUGCCCUGCAGGAGGAGCGAGAGAAGAAGCUGGCUGAGCUGGAGGUCCUGAAGGAGGCCCAGAGACAGGCACAGCUACUGAUGGAGCAGGACGAGCUGAGGAGACGCCAGCAGCACGAGGAGCUCCAGAGGACACUGGAGCUCCAACUCCGAGAGGCCGAGGAGGCCCGGGCCAGCAUGCAGGUGGAGAUGGCUCUGAAAGAAGCGGAGGCGGAGCAUCAGAGGAGGAGAAUCAGAGAGCUGGAAGACCUACAGCAGAGAUUGGAGGAGGCGCUACAGCAGGAGAUCAGAGCCAGACAGGACGAGGAGGAACACCGCAACACACAGGCCCGUUUGCUGGCUGAGGAAGAGGAGAAGAUGAAGGCCUUGAUGGCGCUUCAGGAGGAACAGGAGGAGUACAUCCAGAAGGCCCAGCGGGAGAAGCAGGAACUGAAGCAGGAGAUGGAGAACAAGACAAAGGCUCUGGAGCAGGCUCAGAGACAGGUGGAGGAUAUCCGCACCACCCGACACAGGGUGGAGCAGGACGUGAUGGCUGCACAAAAGAAGCUGCGACAGGCUAGCACUAAUGUCAAACACUGGAAUGUUCAGAUGAACAGACUGAUGCACCCUAUUGGACCUGGAGGUAGGGAGAAGAGAUCUUUGGGAGGAAGUAGCUACUCCAGCUUCCGUAUCCCAACGCAGAAAGAUCCAGGGCUGCGUGUCCGGACCAAGGUCCAUGACGAGGACGAUGAGGAGAGCAAGGAGAAUGUGGCCAGUGUGGGAGCAGCCUGUGUUGACAAGCACCUCACGCAGACCUCCAACGGAGAUGUGGAUGUACAUUAAUGACUCAGCAAAAUCCUGGUGAAGUCUGGUGAAGCAAAACUACAUGGCAGCUAUCACAAUAAUACGUGUUCCUCUACACUGUAAAUGUGUGUUAGUUUGUGUGAACUAGAAAAAUGCUGUAUAUUGUGAAUGCUAUUAACCAAGUAUUGCUGUGAUGUUACUGCUCAGGUUUUUUUUAUAGCGGAGCAGUAUAUGUCAAGUAAAGAGUUUCAGUUUGGGUUUUAUUUGGUUGGUUGUUUUUGUUUGUUUGUUUUAAACAAGUGUGCUUGCAUAUAAAGCUUAAACGUAUAAUAAAUUAAACGUUAAACAUUUUAAAAGUAUGCCUGUCCAUAGUGAUCACCAGGGCGGAGAGAUAUUCAACUUUCACAUUUGUCAUUUAAACUGUCUGUGGAAGCGCAGCGUAGCACUGAUGUGCCUGUCAGAAGGAAACAAACUGAAAAACUGAAGCUUCUGUGGUUUUUGCUUCCUGCUCAUUCUGCAAACAUGCCAAAGAGAGCGCACGCGCACAAACAACCUUAUCACAGGCUUACAAUAAACGAAAAAGUCGGAUUUAUUUUAUUUUUUCGUGUUUUUCUAAAGCGCGUAAUAGCAUAGACUGGUUUUUACCCACGUGCUCUCAUAGCAGGCUGAAAUAUGCGU